AUGGCUCCAUCAGCUCCCGGGACAGCUAGCAACUCGCCGGCUAAAAAGACUUCAGCCCCAGAGAAGAAGUACAAGUGCCAAUUUUGCAAUCGCGCUUUCAGUCGCAGUGAACAUCGCAGUAGACAUGAACGCUCACACACCAAAGAACGCCCUUUCAAGUGCCUAAAAUGUCGGAGUACCUUCGUUCGUCGCGACCUUUUGUUGCGCCAUGAUCGAACUGUGCAUGCCAAGGAUGGCGGUAUCCCUCUGGUCGCCGAGGGCCGCAGACGCGGUGGGGGUGUUCAGAAGGCUACUUCUACCCCCAAACCCUCGAUCACAAUUGACCCAGCUACGCUGGAGCAGAUCGAGGCAAGUAGUGAUGGUAUGGUCGACCUUGAAACUGCAGCCAUGUUGAUGACAGAUUUCCAACAUAAGGCUGCAGCAGCGGCGACUGGCCAAGCUUCCGAGCGCUCCGAAUCGUUGUCCCCCGGCCAAGGCAAUUUCGAGCCUUACCUUUCCGGCAACGCUACCCUACCGCAAAUGCCUUGGGAUACCCUUGUUUCGCCUCACGAUGCGAUGCCCUCCCUCGACCGUCACGGCCCCGUCGGAGAUGUGCUUCUGUCGAACUCGAUGCCCAUGUCUGGCAACUCGACCCCGAACGCGUUGUCCCCCUACCCGUCCAUGACUGGCCCUGUCAGUCCCGUAAACUACCGUCGGUCGCCCGGUCCCAGUCAAGCGUUGACUCUUCCCAGAGCCCCGCAAAUCAUUGAUGAGAUGGAUCGUAACAUGGUGGUGGAGCGUGUCCAAAGCGCUGACACCCUUGGUGGUCUACCCGAGACUUUCCAGAUGCCAGGCCUGGUCGCAUUGAACCGGUACUUGUCUACCUACUUUAACCUGUACCACCCUCAUCUACCCUUCCUGCACCAGCAAUCGUUUAACCCUGCUACCGUGUCUGCUCCACUAUUGCUUGCAGUUCUCUCGAUCGGCGCUCUUUAUACGUUCGAGCGCGAGCACGCGUUUAUGCUUCACGUCGGCUCCAAAGUUCUGGUCAACCAGUUCCUGCAACACAAAGACAACUUCGAUUCUCGAAAGUGUCCUCUUUGGUUGAUGCAGAGCACCCUGUUGAACAUGGUCUUUGAAAGCUGGAGCGGUGACCCCAAGGGUCUUGAAUGGACCUGCUCGAUCAAGAGUCUCCUGGCCAACAUGGUUGCUGGCAAUCGGUACCAGCUCAAGGUCCGAACAGAUGCUCGCCAGGGCGUUCCGGUCUCGCGCGAGGACUGGAUCGAGGAUGAGUCGUGUCGCCGUACCUACUUUGCAGUAUACAUCUUCUUCGGCAUGUUGACUCUCACCUUCAACCAUACCCCAGCUAUGAGCUUCGACGAGUUUGACAACUUGGAGCUUCCGUCUUCCGAGUCGCUCUGGAACCUGGAUCCAUCCGACGAGGAGACCUGGCGCCGCAGCACCGCCACCACACGGACACUCACCGUCCGCGAGGCUCACGAUUUCUUGUUCCAGGGCGAGCAGACGCGCUACAGCGCAUUUGCCACUCGUGUUCUGAUCAACGCUCUAUUCUUACAGGUCUGGAAUCACAAGCGCAGCUUCGAGGCUCUGCAAGAUGUUGUCACCGAGUACAAGCUUCGCCUUGCUCUCGAGACCUGGGAGAACUCCCUCGAUGUCUGCGAGUCCGAGACGAUCGUUGUUCCGCUCAGUACUCCCCAGAAGGGUCACCCCUUGAUCUUCAACUCGAUGGCCGUCUACCGCAACACACGCGCCCGCCUGGAAGUCGACCUGAAGUCCAUCCAGGAGGCCAUGCGGUACCACUCCUCGUAUGAGGUGGCUGCUGCAAUGACCGUCGCUCGUGAGAAGGUCAAGCGUGGACAUGAGAUGAACAAGGUGGUUCAACAAUGUUUCGAGUGCAUCGAGAUCGCAGCCAUUCAAGGCAUCAAUUGGGUUGCCAAGACCUCCGCCACUAACUGGAGUGUUGAGCACCCGCUCUGCGGACUAGAUCUGAUGGUCAUUCUCAGCCUCUGGCUCUACCGUCUGGAACAUGACGACGAGCCAGCCACUGAGGCUGAAUUGGCUAUUUACAACAAGGUUCGCAAUUUGUUUGACGACGAUGCCAUCGACGCGUUUGGUAAACUCAGCUCUACCGUGGCCCGUGUGUGGGGUAACAUCCUCGACGGUGUGGUUGUAUGGGGAAUCACCAAGCUUAUGGGCGAGUCAUUCAAACUCCACUCCCAGGCUCUGGUCGGCUAUGAGGAUUCCUUGCGCGUUGGCAAGGACCAGCCUAUCCACGCAGUUCCUCCCAAGUCGCUCGCCAGCGUUGGCACUGCGUACUAA